GAAUAUUUAGUGUGUUUGCUUCUCUGUUGUAUACAGUAUUUUGUGUUCUCUGUUUCCUUCACCUGUACAGCACUUUAUAACAUUUGUCAUGUAAAGUGUUUAAACAAUAAAGUUUACUUAUGUGUUUGCUAAAGGUGAUGGAAGAGGAGAAACCAUGGGCUCUGAUCUCAGAGGUGGACGGGUGGGGUUACCCUGAAGAAGUCACUGACAUAAUGAACCAACACUUCCAAAUCAUCUGCUUCAGAGAAUUUCUAAAAAGCCCUCUGCUGCAUGGACCUAAAAUCCAGGUCAUGUUUGUGUGGAACGGCUUUCCUGCAGUUGAGCCUUCACUGCUUAGUUCACUCCCAUCGCUGAAGGUGGUCGCCAACGGGGGAGUGGGCAUCGACCACCUGGAUGUGCGGUACAUCACCAGUCUCGGUGUGAAGGUGACCAAUACACCCAGUGUGGUGAGCGAUGCCACUGCGGAUAUCGCUAUGGGUCUCCUUCUGGCAUCAGCACGGAGGAUUGUUGAGGGUCACCAAACAGCUGUAAACCCACAAACCACCUCUCCACUACACCACCUGAUGGGAGUUGAAGUGACAGGGUCGACUCUGGGGAUCGUUGGAAUGGGGCACAUCGGAUCCAAAAUCGCUCAGAGAAGUAAAGGAUUUGAUAUGAAGAUCUUAUAUCACAACAGGAACAGAAGGAGUGUUAAGGAUGAGCAGGCAGUGGGAGCGAGUUACUGUGAGAAGGUGGAUGACUUAUUGAAAGAGUCAGAUUUUGUCAUGUUGGCUGUCAACCUUACCCCUGAAACCACAGGCCUGAUCAGCCACAGAGAGCUGUCCCUCAUGAAACCCACUGCAACACUGGUCAACAUCAGCAGAGGUCAGGUUGUGGACAACGAUGCUUUAGUUAAAGCUCUCCAGUCUGGAACGAUUCGAGCAGCUGCUUUGGAUGUGACGUAUCCUGAACCCUUACCAAGGGGUCAUCCUCUCCUCGGCCUUCCCAACGUGUUGAUCACUCCCCAUGUUGGCACCAACACAGUAGCCACCAUAAGAAGGAUGGUACAGAGGAUGGUAGAAAAUGCUCUGGCUGCAGUAAGAGGUCAGCCUGUUCCCAAUGAGGUCAAGUCAUAAUGACUUAACUGGCAGCACAUAAAUUAACAGGUCUUAAUCUAUGAUGGCUAAAUGGAAAUACAAGUAUACACUGUGGUGGUAAAACAAAUGACAAAUCGGGGGCCUAAUGUUAAAGACAUUUAAUAACAAUGUUUUUAUAAUUAAGGAAAAAAAUUACCAGAAAAAGUUAACAUUCAAGAAAUGAUUAUAUUAGUGAUGCAUGUUAUUUGUUUAUAAUAAAGAAAUACACUACCAGA